CUCGUGAGCGUCAGGGAUUUGCCGCGAGCCGUGCUGCUUUGGAAGGAGCACCGAGCUGUCAAACUUGCUACUAUUUUGCAGGUUUUAUUUUCGUCGAUUUGCACCUGCCAGUGUCCAUUCAGAGGCCAUACUUCUUCGAAGAGAAUAUGGAAUACUUCUGGAGAUCUUUUUUUAGAAGUUCCUGAUUGAGGCCCCCCCCAAGCCCCACACGUUUAAGCUUGACGGCUGUAAUACGUACUGGAAAAUGAGCAGCUAAGGACUAAAAGGUCUCGUGUUUACUCCAGGAGCCCACCAUGCUGCUUUCAACAUGGAUGUCAUCUCUUUCACGAAAGAUACAGUGCUGUCUGAUAUUCACUUGUUUCUUCCAAACAAAAGGCAUCUUAUGGUUCGGUUGAAUGCUGCAGAGCAACCAGUUUUUCUUUCACAGUACAGAAUACUAUGUGAUGGAGAAAAAUGGGAAAAUAAUGACACCUGCUGUGCCUCCAAUUUGAACUUAUCUUGCUCGAAGCAAGCCUGUGGAUAUGAAGAGUGUGAGCAGGGAGCAGAAAAAAUAGAUGUCCUUAGGCCAGAAUAUUCAGAGAGGCAGGAUGGAGACGAGCUGAGUUGCCCAGAGGUCAAAAGUUGUCUGCUGGAUGAGGAUGGAGAUCUGGAUGUGUUAAGAAGACCUGAGUAUAAAGUUAGUGCACCAGAAAAUUGCCUUGAAAGAGAAAAAGUAUGUCCUACGAUACUUAGCAAAGGAGAGGAGUUUGAAAAUGAAGAUGAGGAGCAAACCACUCCAAAUGUAAUUAUUAUUGAGCAUACAAUGGCCACACCUUUAGAAGAUGUGGGUAAACAGGUGUGUGUGGGUGUUUUUGGGGCGAUUCCGUGAUUGAUUGAUUUCAUUCUUUCACAUGUAGACUCGGUUUAAGGCAAUACAGUACUUGAGCUGGGGUGCAGCACAGGUAUUGCAAGCAUUGUCAAGGCUACUGUUGCAAGGAGAGUUUAUUGCACAGAUGUCGGCUUUGAUUUGCUGAGUAUGUGUAAGAGGAAUGUAUUUUUAAACAAGCACCUCUUGGAGCCAGUGGGAGCACAGGUUAAAGUACGUGAACUGGACUGGCUGAGAGACGAUUUUUGCAUUGAUACACAGAAAGAAUUCAGUUGGACUGAAGAUGAGGUUGCAGAUCUCCAUGACACUACAACUUCUUUAAUUUCUGCAGAUGUGUGCUAUGAUGAUGACCUCACAGAUGCCUUUUUUAGGACAGCAUACCGAAUAAUGAGCAACCUAAGGCAUCCCAGCACGUUUUAUAUUGCUAUAGAGAAAAGGCUAAAUUUUACUCUAAGACACAUGGAUAUAUCUUGUGAGGCUUAUGAUCAUUUCCGUUGUUGCCUGAGAGAUCUACAGAACAUUGUGGAUGGUAAAAUGAAUUUUACCGUGGAGCCAGUAAAAGUAAACUUUCCACAGUUCCUUAAAUAUGAGCGUAUAGAGCAGUUGAACAUGAAUACACUGAUGUCUGCAAUACACAGAACGUUUGAGAUGGGCAAGUGUCAGAUAUUGCCGCUUUCCAGUAACACUAGAUAUCAGAACCAGGCUGAUUGCUUGACUCUAGGUGUCAUCACAUUGCAAGCAGGAAUCUUAAAGAAGGUGCUACCUGUGUAUUGAUUACAUCAGAUAAAAGCAAAAGAUAUUUUUGUGCUCA